AUGGGUCGUAAUAUAAACAACUAUGGACUGGUGCCAAGAGUACUCAAAUUUCAUGACUCAAACACAGAUGCAAGAGAUACAAUUAGUGAAACAGAGAUUAAAGUUUCAGAGGAUGACUUGGUAUCAAUUACUAAACUUAAUCUUGGUCAAAAAGCAGCCUUUGAUACCAUAAUGCAGGCAUUAUACAUUAAAGGAAAAGGAUGUUUCUUUAUAGAUGGACCAGGUGGCACAGGAAAAACAUUUCUUUAUCGAGCAUUAUUAGCUGAAGUACGGUCAAAAGGCUUUACAGCAUUAGCUACUGCUUCUUGUGGAGUUGCAGCAUCAAUAUUACCAGGAGGUAGAACAACACACUCUCGAUUCAAGAUUCCAAUUGAUAUGAAUUCAGUUAACAUGUGUAAAAUUACUAAACAAAGUGCGCUUGCUAAACUAAUUCAAGCAGCUAAACUUAUCAUUUGGGAUGAAGCUCCAAUGGCACACAAAACUGGUAUAGAAGGUGUGGAUACGCUACUAAAAGAUUUAAUGGGUUCUUCUGAAUUAUUUGGCUCAAAAAUUAUGAUUUUUGGCGGUGACUUUAGACAAGUUCUCCCUGUUGUCAGUAAAGGUUCAAAGGAAGAUUUUGUACAAGCUAGCUUAGUAACUUCAUACAUUUGGCCACAGCUUCAUAAACUAUACCUCACAGACAACAUGAGAGCAAUAUCAGAUCCAGAAUUCACAGAUUACCUUCUCCGAAUAGGAAAUGGACUAGAACCAGUAAUACAAGGGUCAAAAGUAAAGAUCCCUCUCCCACUAUUGAUACCAUACAAAAAUGAAACAGAAUCAAUAUUUGAACUUAUCAAAACAGUUUACCCAGAUUUAAUAGCUUUUUCCAAGAACGAUUUUUCAUUGGUAAAUCGAGCAAUCCUUACUACAAAAAAUGAAUUUGUUGAUAUGUUAAACAACUUGUUAAUUAACAUUUUUCCAGGUGAGGCUCAAGAAUAUAUUAGUCGUGAUAAAACACUUGACAUUUCAGAACAAGGCCUAUUUGAAGAUUUUUAG